ACAUAAAUACAUAUUAGCUGAUAUCAUAUACAGACAUCACAUCUAAACGUCUCAAAUUUUUACAGAUUUUACUCUUUCACAAGCCGUUCCUCUGACAGUUGAUAAAUCCGGAUCUGUGGCUGGAUGGUCACGUUGUUGUUGUGGAUCACAUCUCAUCAUCUCAGGUUUCUAGCCGCCUCUCAACACUCACAAAGUCCAACUCUCCUGGAAUCACUUGCUCUAAAUUUAGCUGCCCUAAAGUCAGGUCGUACUGCAGCAGACUUACAGUAAAGCUACUGCUAAGAAACUAGGAGGUGGAAGUUUUUAAGAAGUACUCUGAACUCUGAAGCUUUCGUGUUCUGACUGUGGAGAUCAGAGAUUUGUUUGUCAUGAAGAAGAUGGAAUCCGUCAUAAAGCGACAGGUGUUAUGGAAGUAACGUGACCUCAGUCAGCAGGAAUUUCUCUGUUUGGGGACGAUCGGUAUUUUCUUCAGCUGCUGCCAGAACAUGCCUCCUGCACAAAUCAUGCACCGUUUCUCUUUUAUAGUAGUUCUCAGCCUUCUUGUGUCUCAGGGCAAUGCCGGCUGUGCGGAGGUGGACUCCCAGACUGAAGCCGUGGCCGGAGAGAGAUUCAUGUUGGGUUGCAUCUCCUGUAAGACAAGAGAGGAGGUUUCUGCCCGAGCCACGGUGGACUGGUUCUUCAAGCCACUGGAAGAGGAGGAGUUCAGACAUAUUUUCCACUAUGACCACCCGACGGCUGAAACCCUCCAUGAAGAUUUCGUGGACCGCCUGCAGUGGCACGGGACACUGGACAGGGACAUUCAGACCGGCACCAUUUACAUUUAUAAUGUCACCUUCAAUGACACGGGGACAUACCGCUGCACCUUCCACCGCACCCUGUUUCUGUCGCCGUCUGAUCAGCUUGUCGUCGUGGAGAAGGAGGUGGAGCUCACUGUGGUCGCCGUAGCCAAUCGGGAGCUGACCUCUGUGAUCGCAGAGAUAAUGAUGUACGUGCUGAUCGUGGUUCUGCAGCUGUGGCUCAUCGUGGUUAUGAUCUACUGUUACAAGAAGAUUUGGGACGAGCAUGAAGCUCGGGAAGCACGGAAAGCUCUUAAGGCUCAGCAAGCAUUGCUGGAGACAAAGGACAGCUGUGAUGGAGUGCAGCUGGAGUAACGUCAGAUCAGGUAAAAUAAUCUCAGGAGGAGUCAAGCUUCAUGGCGGCAACAUGACGGCUUGGGUUGAUGUUGAAGCUGUCGCAGACCACUGUUUUACAUAAAGGUGGAUCAGAGUAUGUUUGACCUGAAAGCUUUUAGAUUAAGAAUGUUUUUGCUUUUCGUGUUUGCAUAGAUAACUGUCUCUGUCUUGAGCGUAAUUGUUGACAUAAUUGCUUGUGUACUACACUUCCACUAGAGGGCGUAUUCAAGAACUCAGAGCAGACGGAGUUGCUGGAUCUUUAGGGUGAAAUCAAAAUGAUAAACAUGGUGACAUUAGAGGAGGUUAGGGUUUGGUUCAUUUUUAGAUUUUGAGCUCAAAUCACAGCAGUGGUGUCGAAGAUGAUAUGUGAGUUUGUCUGUUGAUCUUACUGUGAUCUUACUGCCCUCUACUGGCUACGUACAUAUUGCAACUUGUAAAUGUGGAGAGUUGAUUUCUAAGCAUGUACAAACAUCGCUUCAAACUCACACAAAACAUGCAAAGCAGUCAUGAUCAACACGAAUAUGUUUAACAAAAGGCAAGAAUGUUCUCGACCUUAGAUUUCUCAGGAAAAAGGUUUGUUUGGUUGUAAUUUACCAUUUAUUAUCUAUGAAGUAUCAGACAUUUUAUUGGAUGUUUUAUUUAAUGUUUUCUGUAUAAUAUCUAAGUGUCUGAGACCAUGACGAGUUUAGCGUAUUGUGUAAAGGUUCUGAUCAUUUGGACGUUUCAUCCACAUGGAAAUGGCACCAUGGGAGCCCGACAACAGUCAUUUUUGUGAACAAAUCUGAAAAUGCCAUGUUUCCGUGAUUACAACCCAUACAUAUCCCUGAACUGAUGACGCCAUUGUGCCACCUCUUCCUGCAACAAUGAAGGGUUACAGCAUUGCUCGGAGUAGUAAUCAGUCCACACAAGUGUCUCCGCCAUCUUCUUCAUAAGUUUGCUUACAUUGCACAAGUUUACGCCGAUGAUCAGUUCCUCUUCUCUGUUUUUAGUGUAUUCCAGUGGCAGCAGUAUAGCGUCAUGUGCAGGCCUGGCAUACGAAAUGAUUCCAUCUUUACGGAAAACCCUUUAAAACUAAACCACACAGCUCUACCGACAUCAUUGUUCUGUUGAUCUACAGGCCAUCUACGGUUCUCUAAGUCCUGAAUCACUAAAUCCUGGAAGGGAAACAGGAGUGAGAAAGUGUGUUGUGCCCUGAGCUCCAUCGGCUGCUCUUCUUAUAGAAUCAGUUGAAAUGUGUGCAGCAAAUGGUUUCAGACAAACAGAGGCUCUGGUGGGUGUGUUAUAUAAACAUAUAGGAUAUAAGCCUUACCCUUUAAAUUCUAAAAAUGUUUGUAUAGUUUUUUCCAACAUUUUUAAGAUAAUUAGAAAUAAAGAAGAGUUUUGUGUGUU